AUGGACUCAGUGCGCGCAUGCGUUAACUCAUUUGCCGCCAUUUGUCUGUCAAUCAAAACAUUAACGGCUGAAGAGUUGACGACCAGACGAGAGUCAACCCGUGUUCCCCAGACAUCACCGCUAAGUCUGCCAUUCAUACUAUUCACACGCUGUCAUCACUUCCAUCGCUUCCGCGCGCUUCCCAGCCAUCGGUGGUGUCGGCCGUCGUUAACAUCGCUUAACACGACUCGUGUGGCCGCCGAUCUCGCGAUGCCGGGCUUUCUGGAGUACAUGGAAGUGGAUAACUUCAAGUCCUAUUCGGGUCAGCAACAGAUCGGACCGUUGAAACAGUUCACGGCUGUCAUCGGUCCCAACGGUUCCGGCAAAUCAAACUUCAUGGACGCCAUUAGCUUCGUGUUGGGCGAGAAGACCAACAAUUUGCGCGUCAAGAAGCUAUCGGAGCUGAUCCACGGCGCGUCCAUCGGGCGGCCCGUCUCCAAUCAGGCGUCUGUGACGCUGGUCUACAGGGAUCAGGACUCGGGCCGUAUCACACGCUUCCAGCGGCUGGUGUUGGGCUCGAGCUCUGAGUACCGCAUCGACGAGAACGUGGUCUCCAAACAGGACUACGCGACCCGAUUGGAGAAGUUGGGCAUCAAUGUGAAGGCCCGCAACUUUCUCGUAUAUCAGGGAGCGGUCGAGUCGAUCGCCAUGAAGAACCCCCGCGAGAUCACCGGCCUCUUCGAGGAGAUCUCCCGCAGCAACGAAUUCAAAGAGGAUUACGUGAACAAAAAGGUACGAAUGGAUCGCUCGGAGGAGGAGUUGCAUCACAUGUAUGUGAAGAAGAAGGGCAUCGCCGCCGAGAAGAAGGAGGCGCAGGGAGAGAUCAAUGAGGCCAAGAAGUACCAGAACCUGAGGGACGAGUUGAACAAAGUGCAGAUCGAUUUGCAACUCUUCAAACUCUAUCACAUUCAGGACGACGUCGAAGAGCUUCAGGAGGAUAUGGACCGCAAACGCAAGGAUAUGGACAAACAUAUCAAAAACAAGGAGAAGAUCGACACAGAAGUGAGGAAUAAGAAGCAAAAUUUGGCCAAAAUUAGCAAAGAGUUGUCGGGAAUCGACCGCAAGAUCCGCGACGUGGAGCUCAACUUGAAUAAGAAGCGGCCGACGUAUAUAAAGGCCAAAGAGAACGCUUCCCAUAUCGAGAAGAAGUUGGAGACGGCCAAGAAGUCGAAGGCCUCAGCCAUUAAGGCUCACGACAACCACCAAAACACUAUCAAAGAGUUGGAGGAGGACUACAAUCGGGUGAAGAAGGAGUACGACAAGUGGGAGCAGGAGAUGACCAAAGAGAAAGAGUUGCACAAAACGGAUGUCGUGCUGAAAGAGGGACAGAAGAAGGAAUACAAUCGCCUGAAGGAAGAGGCGGCCCGACUCUCAUCCAAAUACAUGAAAGACUUGGAUUCGCUGGAAAGGGAGCAGAAGGCCGAUCAGGACAGGAACGAGAACGAGAACCGCAAAAAGAUGGACAUCGAGUCGCGCACACGAGUCCUGCAAAACAAUUUGGACGAAAACGUGAAACGGAUCACCAAAUUGUGCGACAAUCUUAUGGACAAACAUAUCAAAAACAAGGAGAAGAUCGACACAGAAGUGAGGAAUAAGAAGCAAAAUUUGGCCAAAAUUAGCAAAGAGUUGUCGGGAAUCGACCGCAAGAUCCGCGACGUGGAGCUCAACCUGAAUAAGAAGCGGCCGACGUAUAUAAAGGCCAAAGAGAACGCUUCCCAUAUCGAGAAGAAGUUGGAGACCGCGAAGAAGUCUAAGGCCUCAGCCAUUAAGGCUCACGACAACCACCAAAACACUAUCAAAGAGUUGGAAGAGGACUACAAUCGGGUGAAGAAGGAGUACGACAAGUGGGAGCAGGAGAUGACCAAAGAGAAAGAGUUACACAAAACGGAUGUCGUGCUGAAAGAGGGACAGAAGAAGGAAUACAAUCGGCUGAAGGAAGAGGCGGCCCGACUCUCAUCCAAAUACAUGAAAGACUUGGAUUCGCUGGAAAGGGAACAGAAGGCCGAUCAGGACAGGAACGAGAACGAGAACCGCAAAAAGAUGGACAUCGAGUCGCGCACACGAGUCCUGCAAAACAAUUUGGACGAAAACGUGAAACGGAUCACCAAAUUGUGCGACAAUCUGGAAGUGAGUGAAACCAAUCUCCAAGACUUGACCAAAAAGAAGGUGGAGAUCGAGUCGAUCGUCAACUCGAGCAAAGAACAGGUCGAGUCCAUCACACAUAAGCUCGAGUCGAUUAACCGCGAGUUAGGCGACGCCAAAGUGGACAGACAUGAGGACGAGAGGCGUAAGAAGAAGGCGGAAGUGGUGGACAACCUGAAGAAGCUCUACCCGGGAGUCUUCGAUCGGCUGCUAAACAUGUGUAAACCGAUUCACAAGCGGUACAACAUGUCGAUCACUAAAGUGAUGGGCAAAAACAUGAACGCCAUUAUUGUGGACUCCGAGAGGACGGGCCGGCAGUGCAUUCAGUACUUAAAGGAGCAAAUGCUCGAACCCGAGACCUUCCUUCCGCUCGACUACAUCGAAGUGAAACAAGUGAAGGAACGGCUCAGGAAUAUACAGCACCCGAGGAAUGUGAAGAUGUUGUACGAUGUGCUCAAAUACGACCCGCCGGCCAUCAAACGGGCCGUACUCUACGCCACGAACAACGCGUUGGUGUGCGAGACGGCCGAAGACGCGAAUCUCGUGGCCUUCGAUUUGGGAGACGGCAAGCGUUACGACGCGGUGGCACUCGACGGCACUUUCUAUCAGAAGUGCGGCUUCAUAUCCGGCGGAAGCGCUGACCUCGAGAAGAGGGCCCGUCGUUGGGACGAAAAAGAGUUGCAUUCACUUAAGUAUCAAAAGGAGAAAUUGGCUGAAAGUCUGAAGGAGGAGCUGAAGAAGACGCGCAAAGAGAGCGACCUUAUGGUCAUUAAUAGUCAAAUCAAAGGCUUAGACACGCGUCUGAAGUACUGUCGGAGCGACAAAACCCAAACCGAGAAGAAUAACGAAGACUUUAAGAAAGAGAUCAAACAAUUGGACGCGAAGUUGAAGUCAUUUGACCCGCAAAUCAAAGAGAUCUCAUCGCGAAUGGAGUCGCGAGACGUGAAGAUCACCGAAAUUCGGGAAGCGAUGAAUUCGGUGGAAGACACCAUCUUUGGGUCGUUCUGCGAGGAUUUGGGCGUCGAUAACAUUCGCCAAUACGAAGAGCGACAGAACAAAGCGACUCAAGAGAACGAAAAGAUUCGCCUGAAAUACGAGAACGAGAAGAACUCGCUGUCCAGUCGUCUGGCGUACGAACGAAGCAAAGACACGAAUGAGAACGUGAAGCGAUGGCAGAGAGUGGUCUCCGAAGAGGAGAAGAAUCUGUCGACAGCGCGAGAGACCGAGAAGAAGGAGAUGCAGGGCAUCGAAGAGGAGAUGAAGAAAGUGGAGGAACUCAAGAACGACAAGAUCUCCAAAAAGACUGAAUGCGAUUCAGUGGAGGACGAGAUCACGGAAGUGAAGAGAGGCCUCUCCAGCAUUCAGAAGGAGCUGUCGGCCGCGCAGAAGUCCUUAAUGCAGAUCGAGUGCCGCCUCGAGUCGAAGAAAGCGGACAGACAUGCGAUCCUUUUGCACUGUAAGAUGGAGUGCAUUGAAUUGCCGCUCGUUUCCGGUGACCUCAACGACAUCGCCGCCGGCGGCGCCAACAAUAACGACGGCGAGACCAAUGGGAACGCCGACGAAGACGAGGACGACGACGGACCCUCCACUCAGCGCUCAUAUGAAAGCGAUUCUAAUCUCAAACCAGACUUUUCUAUACUGAAGAAUAGUCUCAAAAAUAUGAACGAUUCGGAUGCCAUCAAAAAGAAAGAGAGCGAAAUGCAGACAGAGAUUAAUAGCAAACGGGAAGUAUUGCGUAAAAUACAAGCGCCAAACAUGAGAGCUAUUGACAAACUCGAAGACGUAAAGGAGAGACUGAAGGGAACGGACUCUGAAGUGAAUAAUUUAAGGCUCGACUCAAAGAAAGCCAAAAUGGCGUUCGAAGAGAUUAAGAGGAAUCGAUUGCGCGAAUUCACGGUGUGUUUCGAAGCGGUGGCCCAACGCGUCGAUUCCAUCUACAAGUCGCUGACCAAUAACGCCAGCGCUCAGGCAUUCCUCGUGCCGGAGAACCCGGAAGAGCCGUAUCUCGAGGGCAUUAACUACAAUUGUGUGGCUCCGGGCAAACGCUUCCAACCGAUGAGCAAUCUUAGCGGUGGUGAGAAAACGGUGGCCGCACUCGCGCUGCUGUUCGCCAUACACUCGUACAAACCGGCGCCGUUCUUCGUGUUGGACGAGAUCGACGCCGCGCUCGACAACACCAACAUUGGAAAGGUCGCGCGUUUCAUACGAGAGAAGACUGAGUCGUCGUUUCAAUGUAUCGUAAUAUCAUUGAAAGAGGAGUUCUACGGACACGCGUCCUCUCUCAUCGGUGUCGCACCGGACCCGGGCGACUGUACCAUAAGUCGUGUCUUUACAGCAGAUUUGUCUCAAUAUCAAGAAUAAUAACAUUAAUAAUUCUUUCAUAUAAUUUAUUAUUGUAUUUCAUGUUUUCUAAUAACCAUUUUGUGACAUAAAAUUCUCUCUUAAACAUCAUUUAAUCGUUUAGCGUUUUAAAGUAUUUUGUUAUGCAAAAAUAAUAUUAUA